CUUCAAAUAUCAUUGUGGUUAACCUGCAGCAGACCAGUACACUUCAAAUUUCUUUCACCGAUCAGAAUUCGAUAUUCAUAGAGGAACAAAAUGAGGGAAAUCGUACAUUUGCAGGUUGGCCAGUGCGGAAAUCAGAUUGGAGCUAAGUUCUGGGAGGUCAUCUCUGAUGAGCAUGGUCUCGACCAAACUGGCGCCUACCAUGGUGACUCCGACCUACAACUUGAGAGAAUAAAUGUCUACUACAGUGAAGCAUGUGGUGGAAAUUAUGUACCCCGCGCCAUAAUGGUGGAUCUUGAACCCGGCACACUGGAAUCUGUCCGAUCUGGUCCUUUCGGUCAGAUUUUCAGACCUGACAACUUCGUUUAUGGUGUGAGUGGUGCUAGCAACAACUGGGCCAAGGGUCACUACACUGAAGGGGCUGAACUGGUCGACCAUGUGUUGGAUGUGGUCAGGAAAGAAGCCGAGAGUUGUGACUGUCUUCAGGGUUUCCAGAUGACUCACUCCUUGGGAGGUGGAACUGGUUCUGGCAUGGGCACAUUACUUCUUUCCAACAUCAGAGAGGAGUAUCCAGACAGGAUAAUGUGCACAUACUCUAUCAUACCUUCACCAAAGGUAUCGGACACUGUUGUGGAACCAUACAAUACAACACUCUCUGUCCAUCAGCUACUUGAAAAUACUGAUGAGACAUACUGCAUUGACAAUGAGGCUCUCUAUGACAUUUGCUCCAGGACCCUGAAACUCACGACUCCCACAUUUCAUGAUCUGAACCACCUAAUUUCACUCACAAUGUCUGGUGUGACCACUAGCCUCAGGUUCCCGGGUCAGCUGAAUGCUGAUCUCCGGAAACUUGCUGUCAACAUGGUCCCAUUCCCACGUCUCCACUUCUUCGUGCCAGGUUUCGCACCGCUCACAUCCCGUGGUAACCAACAGUACCGAGCUCUCACAGUACCAGAGCUCACACAACAGAUGUUUGACGCCAAGAACAUGAUGGCUGCAUGUGACCCAAGGCAUGGUCGUUACCUCACAGUUGCAGCUGUCUUCAGAGGACGCAUGUCCAUGAAAGAAAUUGAUGAACAGAUGUUGAACAUCCAGAACAAAAACACCAAGCACUUUGUUGAGUGGAUCCCAAACAACGUGCUAACUGCCGUUUGUGAUAUCCCACCCAAAGGACUCAAGAUGUCUGCAACCUUCAUUGGUAACACCACUGCCAUCCAAGAGGUAUUCAAGCGGGUCUCAGAGCAGUUCACAGCCAUGUUCAAUCGCAAGGCUUACUUGCACUGGUACACUGGUGAGGGGAUGGAUGAGAUGGAAUUCACAGAAGCCCACUCAAAUAUGGAUGACCUGGUGUCUGAGUACCAGCAGUACCAGGAAGUAAAUGCCUUUGAGUACUUUGAUGAGGAGAAGGGAGUUGAAGUUGACGAAAAUUGAGCAAAUAGAAACCCUUUCUUGUGUUGCCUCGAUUUCUAAUUUUUACUUUUCUUAUAAU